AUGGAUGUCAUACCUAACAUGGUGAUUGCAAGCAAAGACUCUAUCAAGGAUGAUUUUCGAGCUUACUUGUUGCUUGAGGCUAAAAAACGGAAGAUAAAAUCCAUCGAGAGAAACGAAUCGCGUAUUCUUGUGAUUCAUCAGAACAAUAUAAAAGAUGUUUUGAGCGAUAGAGUGAUCAUAAAUAUGAACGCUAACGUAAAGAACAAUAUAAAAGAUGUUUUGAGCGAUAGAGUGAUCAUGAAUAUGAACGCGAACGUAAAGGUGAUUGAAAAAUUCAUGGAUAUGGUGAUAAAUAAAUGUGAUUGGGUGUGUUAUGGCACUAAAAGUGUUGAAUAUGCACAUGAAUUGCUUGCAAUUGAUACACUUUUGAUCACAGAAGAACUGUCAGAGAAGAAGGAUAUUAAAUUGAGAAAAAAAUACUCAAAGUUGAAGAAAUUAGUGCAAGAAGCUGGUGGAAAAGUAAUACAAUUUAGUGAUGUCGAAGGAGAAAAACUUGCUCAGAUGACUGGAAUUGCUGCAAUUUUGAGGUUUCCUAUUCCUAAUAUUGAUGACUUGGUGUUAUAG